GCAUGCGUGGAGGAUAUGCGCUUUGCGGCAAAGUCCUCCUUUACUCCACACACGCUUCUAAGCCUCGGCACAUCUCCUCACAUCGCUACUAACUACACUUUAUUCAUCCUCCGUGUCAGGAUAAACUCCACUCGUCUCAGUCAACUUUGGAGAUUAUUAGGCCCGCUUAGCUUGCUAGUUGUUUUAGCGCGCUAGUUAGCUCAGCGUACUAGUUAGCUUAGCUUGUUAGCUGCUAACAAAGCGACGCGGAUUUGAUCAACACAUCGCUUAGUUAAGAACAAGUGUGAGUGUAAAGUGUUGUGAUUGUGUGAAAAUGUGCGAAAAGUGUUGUGAUUGUGUGAAAAUGUGUGAAAGAACGAUAGCAGAGUACAAAGACGAACUUUUUCGGACAAAAGAAGAGAACAAAAGACUACGUCAACUACUGGAGGCUGUUUUCAAGAAACCUCAAGUUGUGUUACACAGAACAGGUACACAGAAUAUGCGAACCCAGGACCCUCGGCUACAUUGGUGGCAGCGGUGGGAUUUUAACCGCUGUGUUGAAAAAAAGAAGAAAGUGUUACACAGGACUCACGUCUGUGAAAUAUAUCAUCCACCUGAGCAGCAGGAGGGAUCUUCCAGUGUGGAGCAGAAGAGGUCACAGCACCUCCACGUGAAAGAAGAAGAGCCACAGUCCUCCCACAUUAAGAAGGAAGAGGAAUACCCACUUAUCCCCCAUUUUAAAAAGGAAGCGGAGGACCCACUGAAGCCCCAUUUUAAAGAGGAAGAGGAGGACCCACUGACACCCCAUUUUGAAGAAGUGGUGGAUCCACUAAGCCCUCACAUUAAGGAGGAAGAGGUGGACCCACUGACCCCUCACAUUGAGGACGAAGAGGAGGACCCCCUGACCCCUCACAUUAAAGAGGAAGAGGAGGAACACAGCAUCAGUCAGCAGGGAGAGCAUCUUGAAGGACUGGAGGAGGUUGAUGUCACCAAGAUGCCAGUGACUGGUGUCCCUGUGAAGAGUGAAGGUGAUGAGGUCAAAGGUGAAAGUGAGGAGAAGAGAGAGGCGGAGCCUCCAAGCAGCAGCUCAACUCAACACAUGACAACAGAAGCUGAUGGAGACCACUGUGGAGGAUCACAAGCAGACAAGCUCUUAGCUCCACUAUCAGAUAGUGAGGACACAACGUCACACUCUCCUGACACUGAUGAUGAAGACUCUAAAGAUGAUAAGACAUGUCACACUGACAACACACACUUCACAUGUUCUCACUGUGACAAAACCUUUAAAUACCAUUGUCAUCUGAUAGAACACAUGAGAAUACACACUGGAGAAAAACCUUUUUCGUGUUCAAUCUGCGGUAAAGCUUUUACGCAAAGGCCCAAUUUCCAAGCACACAUGAGAAUACACACUGGAGAAAAAAAAUUUUCCUGCUCAGAAUGUGGUAAAAGUUUUGUAAGAAAUGGAAAUUUGAAAUCACACAAGAGAACACACACUGGAGAAAAACCUUUUUCCUGCUCAGAAUGUGGUAAAAGUUUUGCAGUAAGUCAAAGUUUAAAAGAUCACAUGAGAACACACACUGGAGAAAAACCUUUUUCGUGUUCAAUCUGCGGUAAAGCUUUUACGCAAAGGCCCAAUUUCAAAGCACACAUGAGAAUACACACUGGAGAAAAAACUUUUUCCUGCUCAGAAUGUGGUAAAAGUUUUCUAAUAAAUCAAAGUUUAAAACAACACAUGAGAAUACACACUGGAGAAAACCCCUUUUCCUGCUCAGAAUGUGGUAAAAGUUUUGUAAAAAAACAAAAUUUAAAAGUACACAUGAGAAUACACACUGGAGAAAAAACUUUUUCCUGCUCAGAAUGUGGUAUACGUUUUCUAAUAAAUCAUAGUUUAAAAGUACACAUGAGAACACACACUGGAGAAAACCCUUUUUCCUGCUCAGAAUGUGGUAAAAGUUUUGCAAAAAAUCAAAAUUUACAAGUACACAUGAGAAUACACACUGGAGAAAACCCUUUUACCUGCUCAGAAUGUGGUAAAAGUUUUCUAAUAAAUCAAAGUUUAAAAGUGCACAUGAGAACACACACUGGUGAAAAACCUUUUUCAUGUUCAAUCUGCGGUAAAGAUUUUACUCGAAGGGACAAUUUCAAAGCACACAUGAGAAGGCACUCUGGUGAAAAACCAUACUCCUGUUCAAGCUGCAACCAAAGUUUCCGUUACCUAUACACUCUUAGAGUACACAUGAGAACACACACAGGAGAGAAAGUGUUGAGUUGCAGUGUGUGUGGUGAAAGAUUCUCUUCUGAGUACCAGUUUAAGAAACACAAGUGUGCUGGUGAGAACAGCAAACACAUCGCUAAGCAGAGAUCAAGUGUGAGUGUAAAGUGUUGUGAUUGUGUGAAAAUGUGCGAAAUAACGAUAGCAGAGUACGAGGAGGAACUUUGUUCAAUAAAAGAGGAGAAGGAGCGACAACAUCAAAAACAUCAAGUUGUGUUACACAGAACAGACAUCCAUCAGCUGAUUGAACACCAAGAAGAAUGUCUCCCUCAUCUGCAGGGGGACAGUUUCACUUUAGAGUAUCCACAGACCUCACAUUUUAAAGGGGACGAGGAGGAUCCACAGCCCCCUUAUAUUAAAGAGGAAGAGGAGGGAGAGUGUCCUGUAGGGCAGGAGGAGGCUGAUCUCACCAAGUUUCCACUGACCGUUGUCUCUGUGAAGACUGAAGAGCAUGAAGACAAACCACCUGAGUCCUCACAGCUUCAUCACAGUCCAAACGUCUGGGAAGGACAUCUUCACCCUGAGCAACAGAAGUGGGGCUUCAGGAUGUGGACGGAGGAGCCACAGCCCUCCCACAUUAAGGAGGAAGAGGAAUACCCACUUAUCCCCCAUUUUAAAAAGGAAGCGGAGGACCCACUGACACCCCAUUUUAAAGAAGAAGUGGUGGCUCCACGAAGCCCUCACAUUAAAGAGGAAGAGGAGGAACACAGCAUCAGUCAGCAGGGAGAGCAUCUUGAAGGACUGGAGGAGGUUGAUGUCACCAAGAUGCCAGUGACUGGUGUCCCUGUGAAGAGUGAAGAUGAUGAGGUUAAAGGUGAGAGUGAGGAGAAGAGAGAGGCGGAGCCUCCAAGCAGCAGCUCAACUCAACACAUGACAACAGAAGCUGAUGGAGACCACUGUGGAGGAUCACAAGCACACAAGCUCUUAGCUCCACUAUCAGAUAGUGAGGACACAACGUCACACUCUCCUGACACUGAUGAUGAAGACUCUAAAGAUGAUAAGACAUGUCACACUAAAAACACACACUUCACAUGUUCUCACUGCGACAAAACUUUUAAUGAUAGUAGCAAUAUGAAAAGACACAUUAGAACACACACUGGAGAAAAACCUUUUUCCUGCUCAGAAUGUGAUAAACGUUUUGUAAGAAAUCAAGGUUUAAAAUUACACAUGAGAAUACACACUGGUGAAAAACCUUCAAGUUCAAUCUGCGGUAAAGAUUUUACUGAAAGGCCCAAUUUCAAAGCACACAUGAGAAUACACACUGUAGAAAAACCUUUUUCAUGUUCAAUCUGCGGUAAAAAAUUUACUCGUAGGGACAAUUUAAAAAAACACAUGAAAAUACACAAUGGAGACAAACCUUUUUCAUGUUCAAUCUGCGGUAAAGAUUUUACCCAAAGGGACCAUUUCAAAUCACACAUGAGAUUACACACUGGAGAAAAACCUUUUUCAUGUUCAAUCUGCGGUAAAGAUUUUUCUAAAAGCGACCAUUUAAAAGUACACAUGAGAAUACACACUGGAGAAAAACCUUUUUCAUGUUCAAUCUGCGGUAAAGAUUUUACCCAAAGGGACCAUUUCAAAGCACACAUGAGAAUACACACUGGAGAAAAACCUUUUUCAUGUUCAAUCUGCGGUAAAGAUUUUAUUAAAAGGGACCAAUUAAAUGUACACAAGAGAACGCACUCUGGUGAAAAACCAUUCUCCUGUUCAAGCUGCCACAAAAGCUUUCGUCACCCAAAAUCUAUUACAGCACACAUGAGAACACACACAGGAGAGAAAGUGUUGAGUUGCAGUGUGUGUGGUGAAAGAUUCUCUUCUAAGUACCAGUGUAAGAAACACAAGUGUGCUGGUGAGAACAGCAGCAGCAAAUGAAGAUGCAGGAUUUGAAAUAAACUUUCAAAACUUUAACUUUGACUUUCUAACAACAUCAGCACAUAUAACAUGUGUGACAUCAUUGUUGUGUGUGUAACACCAUCUUGUUAUUAUGCUUAUAACAUAUUUAGAGUAAAUACUUCAGAUUAGUGCUUUUAUUUCAGUCAAGUACAUGAGUUAAUAUACACAUUUGUGUACUUUAAAAUGAACAGAACAAUUUGACUGAAAAGGUGAGAAUAAACAGUACAUAAAAUAUGUUACAUACAGUAAACAUUUCAAGUGUAGAUAUUCAUAAUUCACUUUUAUACUAAAUAAUGACGUGUUACAUAUUUUAUUUUCUAUUUGUAGAUGAUUCCAUAGAUGAACUCCUUUAUAUGAUAUACAUAUUUGUUUUACAUGUGUUCAUACCUUUGCUUUUGAGUACACAUACAUCCCUCUUAGUUCAUAUUUACUGGUUCACAUCUGAAAAAUCUUCUGGACCACUUCUGGAAGCAUAUUAUUAUUUACUUUAUACAUCAUUUGAACAGUUGUCUUUUCUACAAUUUUUAAAUGUGUGACUUUAUGAAUCAUUUGUUGGGUCUCUAUAAUCCAUUCUAUUAAUUGUCUUUAUCACUCUCUUGUGUAAUAUGAAUAUUGUUGUGUGAUUGUUUUAUAUGUAUGUCCCCAGACUUUUAUGCAAUAAACAAU